AUGGCUUCGUUUCAAGGCAAAGUGGUCGCUGUAACCGGCGCUGGCUCCGGCAUGGGUCUCGCUACGGCUCAGCUCUUAGCUGAGCGUGGCGCCAAGAUCUCGCUGGCUGAUAUUAAUGAAUCAUCUCUCAAAGAAGCAGUUGCCUCUUUACCAGACAGCGACAGCCAUAUUUAUGAGGUUGUCGAUGUUAGAGAUGGCGAGGCAGUUGACAAAUGGAUUCAAAAUACCGUCAAGAAGUACGGCAAGCUGGACGGCGCCGUCAACAUGGCCGGUGUCAUCACCCAUGCCACCCCUGUAGCAGAGCUUACAGACAAGGACUGGGAUUUCGUCUUCGCUGUGAACGCUAAGGGCGUGUUCAACUGCAUUCGAUCCCAGCUGAAAGCCAUGUCCGCCGGCGCAAGCAUUGUGUCAGCGGCAAGCACGUUUGGACAGUUUGGCGCGCCUGGCAAUGCCGCCUACUGCGCAAGCAAAGCGGCCGUUAUCAACCUGUCGAGGACAGCGGCCAAAGAGAACCAAAACAUUCGUGUAAACUGCGUUUCACCAGGAUCCGUCAACACACCGCUAUCAAGAGGCGAGAACCCAGAGGAUGUCAAGCGUGGGCUGCAAGUCACUGCACAGAAGCGCAGGGCAGAGCCGAUUGAGAUUGCUCGUGUUAUUGCGUUCCUACUUAGCGAUGAGGCUUCUUUUGUUACUGGUGCCGUUUACAAUGUCGACGGCGGUUGGGUCUGUUAA